CAGGUGGACACAGUUUACACAGAUCUUUACGGGACAGAGCACUCACUCUCGCACACACUGCCGACUCACAACGCUUUGGGGAAUUAGCCGCAGAGAGAAUAAGGCCUAACAAUGGCAAACUUUGGAGGACAUGCCAUUCCCGGCUCUUUCUUCCUGCUCUUGGGCUUCUGGCUCUCGGUGAAACACACUCUGCAACACUACUGGAGGACGAGCACGCCCAAAGGAAGACGGAUCACGCUGCCUUUCUUUAAGAAAAUGAACUACGCGGAAGGAGGACUUCUAAUCUUCGGUGCAUUUGUCGGUAUCAUGGUAGAACAGUUCGUGGUGGACGGGCCUCACGCCCACCUCUACGACGCGGAGAACAAGUCGUGGGUCAAGCUGAUGAACUGGCAGCACGGCACCAUGUACCUGUUCUUCGGGAUCUCUGGAGCAGCGCUGGUGGCCAGCACUGCAUCCAAACUGGUGCCGGUCGGGUUGGACCGCCUGGCCCUCUCCUCGGCUCUUUUUGUUGAAGGGUUUCUGUUCUACUACCACCUGCACAACCGGCCCCCUCUGGACGCCCACAUCCACUCCCUGCUGCUGGUGCCGGUGUUCUUUGGCUCGGCCAGCACCAUGUUGGAGGUGUUCAUAAGAGACAACGUCAUUUUGGAGCUCUUCAGGGCGUGCCUGUUCAUCCUGCAGGGCUCGUGGUUCUACCAGAUCGGAUUCGUGCUUUUCCCCCCGAGCGGCCCGCUGUGGGACCUGACCCUGCACAGCAACCUCAUGUUCAUCACCAUGUGCUUCUGCUGGCACUUCGCCGCGGCCCUGCUGCUGGUCGCCUGCAUCUCCUCCGUGGUCCUGAACACCGUGAAGCGAUUCUCAGGAAGAGGACAGGACGUCGAGAUCGGGAUGAGAAACACGUCCUCCGAGUCGAGCUCCCAGAAAGCUUUGCUCGACGAGUCGGAUGAAGAGUGACGGCUCGGUUCAGCUUCUUCUUCUUCUGCCGUUUGUAAAAAAACAAACAACGAAAAAUAUAUAAAACACAAUUUAUUUAAAUAUGA